CUAUGCCACAUCAUGUUCUUGAUCCCCAGCACAGGCACCUGAAGGAAGUCUUGACCUCCAGGACAGCGCAGGACAAGGUUUGCCCACCCCCUGCCGGUGACCCUCUUCAACGUCACCCGUUGGCGGACGGAACAUCGUCCUCAGGCUCUUCCCCGGCUCGAGCUUCGCUAUCCCGCUGCUGUCGUCCGAUAUCAGCUGGAAAAGGUCUCAGCUCAGCACUUCCAUGACAGGUUCGAGCACCAAGUCAUCCCCCCGCGUCAGUCCGUUGUGGAAGAAGAUAUACUUCUGUCGAGCUUCAGCUCGGGUCAGCUAGGAUGGUACCAUCCUCAAACCAAGCACCUGAAGUUUCGGCAAGCACGCGCUUGAGCUCUUCUUCAGCUUUCCGCCUCAGCUCGCUCUCCUGCCCUCUCCUUGGUCAUGGCACUACCGCACAACAGGAGCCCUCACGAUCUCAACAGCUUUCUCCAGCUCCUGCAGCCUCUGAGCUGUGCGCGUCCUCGAGGAGAUGGACGAGCUGUGAAAGAUGAGAACCCCGAGUCGCCCUCCAGCAGAUCCUCACAUGGACUCCGGCGUGACUGGCAACCUCUGAGCUUCAGAACCUGACAAGGGACUUCAAAGGAGACAUCGCACUGCAUCCGUCUUCCAACCUUGCGAUGCCAUGCUCCCCCACUCGGCUGCACAGAAGCUGUGAGCACGGACACACGGAAGACUCAAAGCAUAUCAGCACCUUGUUUCAACUUCUCCCGUGCGUAUGAUUCAAAUGGAUGAUAUUCCCCGGAUCCUGAGAGACGAGUCAAGACGGUUCAGAUUCCAAGGGUUCUAGUUGCAUACUUAUUGCAAUCUGCAAUGAAGAAGGAGUCUGGUU